AUGGUGAAUCGGCUUAAGGGAGUGAUUACAAAACUAAUCGGACCAGCACAAUCAAGCUUUAUCCCUGGACGACUAGGCACUGACAAUAUUGUGGUAGUCCAAGAAACAGUUCACUCAAUCUGGGAUGUCGGAGAAGUGGACAUGGUGGAUUUUGCAAUGCAUAACGGGACUGUCAAUGCAUGUAUUGUGGAAUGAAGCCAUGAUUGGAGCAAAGCUCAUUCUGCUUUCCCGAAAGUUAGAUGGAAACUUGUAACUGGAUUCAAAAGAUCAAGCUUUUUUUGUUCGGAUUACCCACUUAAAAUAUCUGGUGUUAACGGCGGCGGCGGCGGAGAUCGUAAAGCAGCGGCGGAGGAGGAGAUAGGAAAGUAUGCGGUGGCGGCGGUGAUCGUAAAGUAUUUGAUGGUAACGGCGGCUACUGCUGGCGGCGGAGAUCAUGAUGAUAACAAUGGUGGAAACAGAGUGAGAGUAGAAAGAAGAAGAGGAGGAGGAAGAAGAAGCCAGCGACGGCAGAGACAUAUGAAGAGAAGAAGAAGAAGAGGAGGCGGAGGAAGAAGCCAGCAAUGGCGGCAGAAUUGA